UAAACAGUCAUAACUGGAAAUGCGAUGAAAAGAUUACCACGUCAUGCUGGCAUUCUCUGAUAUCAGGUGUACAAUCCUCUGUCCUUAUAUUGCAUGACAUCCUAUUGUGAAGUCAUUUGACCGACAACCGGGCGCAGUCUCGAAGUAAGCACAACGAGAAACAGUUGUCUGUUUCAGGUUUGACGUCUAACUAUCUGCAGUAACGGAUUGAAAAGUAUUAUUCUGUAAUACUCUAAGACGGAUUGGAUCAGCAAGAAGCCAGUGUCUCUGAUAAAGGAUGAUUCCCCUGAAAAGUAUCCAAAAGAAAAACAAGGCUGUUAAGCACGAAAAGCCUGAAAAACGAUUGAAAAAUAGGAGCAAGCUUCCUCAUAAGAGGACAAACACUGUGGCCCUCCCAGAGACACUCAACAAACGGGUCGAUAUAAACAGGAUACGGAACAGAAAGUCGUCCUGCCCGGAGAUUCUUUUGUACAAUACAGGUCUCAAAGGCAAAGAACUUCCCGAGCUUUUCAAGUUGAUAAAGAUUGGGGAAGCGGACUUACAGUCGCUAGCCACGAAAGGAAUCUACCCACUCCACGAUGCCGUGUCUAAAGGGCUUACAGACUGCGCUAAGGUGCUUAUAGAGAAGGCCACGACUCUAAACGUGCGGAAUGCUGACGGCUACUCGCCUCUCGAUAUAGCAGUGGAAACGGGAAAUUUUGAGUGCGCAGAGUUACUGAUAAGGCAUGGAGCUUCAGCAGAAGACAUCAGGAAUGGUUUUAAAUUGAGGUCAAGGAUCGUACGAAAGAUCUCCAGUCCAAAAUAGGCGCGUGCCAUGCACGAUUGUAUGUAUUAUUCAGGACUUGAAUUAGAUUUUAUGCAAGUAUAUAAUGUUAAGUUUAGAAACUGAAAAUUCCAGCUUCUGUUCAGCAAUGACCCCCUCGUUGAAAAGAAGAUCUCAACGACAUUUAGCGGCGCAAUGUAGCCGAGAAGUAAUUUUAUGACGGUGUAGCUGUCUUAAUGAGCAAUGAUACACGAAAAUUGACUCUGUUAACUCUCUCGUAGAUGUAAUGUUUUUACCUAAUGAGACAUCAUUUUUAAAGCGUUUUGCAGCUAGCCGAGUGAAUGUUAGACUGUGGCUGUAUACGUUUUUUCUACAAGUGAGAACCUACCCUUGGUACCCACUUAGACAAGCAUCGUUAUUUAAUCUUUAUAACGUUCGUGAUAGCGAUUAAAGCAAAUCAAAGCUCUUCAGGUCUCAACACCGCGCUCCUCAGUUUAAAUCGUAGUGAAUCUCAUAUUCUACCAAAAUGGAAUUCAGGCAAGGACUGAUUUCGAGCUGUAGGUGGUUGUCAAUGUUAAAUGAAACUGUUAAUUGGAAAGAACAAUACCUCGAUUAGCUUAUUUUAAAAUCUCAAGUGUUGUUUAGUCUUCUUUGACAUUGGGAAACAUAUUUCACAUUUCAAUCGUUCAAAAAAAAAAAAGGAACGUUGAUGACUUAUCCUUUUAUAAAACGUAGACAUUAACUUAAAAAGUCCGUAAUCUCAUACCUUCGAUGCGUGCGAUGUUUGUCAGAUGAAUUCUUCUUUAAGAGUGAGAGAAAUCCCGAAAACAAGCCAAUAAUUUACAUUUCUAGCUAAUAUGAUAUUUUAAAUAAAAUGUCUUCUCUGAUCGACUGAUUAAAUGAUAACAGCGGAACAGUGAUAUAGUAAUCUCAUUAGGUACCGUGAGAAAUUGAAGACGAGAGCUGUUAAAAGUUCAAACCCUUGUGUUAGCCUUGAAGACAGAUUUUCAUUGAGGUUUGAUGAUGAGUUAGAAUUGCCAGUUCAUUGCUCUCAAUGAGAGCACAAUCUAGCGUAGAGAUUUUUAAACAUGCUGAAAGUUUCCAGUUUGACCGGCGAAACUAAGCGAAAGUUAGCUGUGGAAAUAAAAUUUUUCAUUACUGAAAG